AUGGAUACUAAUACAAAUCAGAAGGUGACCUGUAUAGCCAAUUAUGCUUAUGAUGCAUCGGAGCCUGAUGAGUUGACAAUCAGACCUGGAGACAUACUCAGGGAUGUUGAGCGUCUGCCUGGCGGCUGGUGGCGGGGAGAACUCCGGGGCCGUAAAGGAAUGUUUCCCGAUAAUUUUGUAACCAUUCACACUGAGCAUGGAACUUCUAGCAGGUCUGUGGGGGCGCAAGGGCGGUGUCGGGCAGUCUUCAGCUACCAACCUGCCAACCCUGACGAACUACCCCUUUGCGUAGGGGACGUUCUUGAGGUUCUUGGCGAGGUGGAGGAGGGCUGGUGGCAAGGUCGUCGGCAAGGUCGCGUCGGCGUGUUCCCGUCCAACUUCGUCGUGAUGCUGGAACCGCCGCAACCCGCGCCCCCCUUUGAGCCCGCGCCCGCCCUGCCACCGAAACCUGUUAAGGAGCAAUGCCGCGUGUUGUUCCCGUACACGGCGGUGAACGAGGACGAGCUGACUCUGGCCGAGGGCGACGUGGUGACCAUCGUGUCGAAGGACGCGCCCGACCGGGGCUGGUGGCGCGGCGAGCUGCACGGCCGCGUCGGCCUGUUCCCGGACAACUUCGUGCAGCUGCUCCCGCCCGUAACCCAAGAGGUGGAAGAGAAGAAGCCAGACAGGCCGCCGAGCAAGACAACCAACGCCAUCUACCCGGUACUGAACAAGUACUCCGAGAAGACCGCCUCCGUAAAAGAGCUCACCACGUCUAAAGUCAGCUUGCACAAAGAGAAUACCGUAAGCAAGGAGAGCAGCACGGCAAGUACUGUCACGCACACGAGCAAGAGUGAGACCGAGAAGAUGGUUCACAACGAGAUUGUCGUCGACGGGGCGAUCGAUGGUCAAGUAAAGAAGCCUCCGGUGCCGCUGAAGAAGAGUCCAACCCCGAGCUCUGGCGUCGGAGGUCUCUUCAGCGGCCUCAAGAACAAAAUGCUCUCGUCCGCCGACAAAGAGAAGUCGUCGACGUUGUCUAGCGGCAGCAGCAGCGGCGGCGAGUGGGAUAAGACCGACGGUGGCGCCCCUAGCAAGGCAGCGGCGAACGCGCCCGCAACGAGCAACGCAAACGCAAACACAAACGCAAACGCAAACGUGAACACGUUCGACCACGUCGAGAGGAACUCCAUACUGAACGACCCUCGCGCCGGCAGAGUUAAAGCGCCGCGACGCCGACCCCCUAGUCAAGUUCUUCGCGAUGAUACGCCCCAGCAGAUUGGACUGAGCAACGGACAUGAAGCGCCCACCGAGAGGCCGCCCGCCGAGAAGCAGGAGGAGAUAAGGCCGCGCGCGCGCGAGUGGGAGAAGCACCGCGCGCCCUGGAUGGAGGAGCUCAAGCUGAACCAGGCGAAGAAGACCAGCUUCGGCGAGACCAAGUCCCGGUCGGUCUCCACGUCGUCGGAGACCGGCGUCGCCAGCAAGGCCGGCGGCGGCAGCACCGACAGAAUUCUGGACUGUGGUCUUGAAGAAAAGGAGACAACGACACAUUCGAUAGAAAUGUCGAAAAGCACGUCGUCUAUUAGCAGUAGGGUAUUCAGACAUCCUACUGCUAACAGACUGCUCGAAAGCUUCGAAGAGACUAAAGUGCGCCAGUCUAUGGAAUCCAAGAAGGAUACGACCUCUAGCACGAAGGACACCGAAGUCUCAACGAACAAGAGUGUACCCACCGUUCCCUCACCAACUGCCGCUGGACGGACGUUGACAGCGAUGCUGGAGGAGAUGAAGAGGCCGUCCGCUUUGGCGCGCACAGCGAACGAAACGGCGGAUCGAGCGGCGGACCGAACGUCGGAUCGAUCGCCGAGCGCGAGAUUCGAGAAGACGCCCACCGAGAGGCACGGAGAGGCGAGCGCGAUAGCCAAGUCGUCGGCGACCGUCGAGAAGCCCGCCGCGGAGAGGUCCGAGAGGAGCGACAAGAGCGAGGAGAGGGAGAGAGCAGGGGAGAAAGAGAGAGUAGGAGAGAGAGAGCGAGUGGCGGAGAGACCGGCCGGCUUCGCAGCGGAGAAGGCGAACGCCAGCACGCUGGAGAGGCGACUCCACUCUGCCGCGAAGGAGAGCGAAGCGGACGCCGAUGUGUUGAUCGCGCAACUCAACAGCAGGAUAACGAACUUGGAGAAGUUGUUGGAGGUGCAAAACGCCAAGUUCAACGCGGCCAUCGAGGAGUUGGCAACUAAACUGUCGAUCGAAACGGAGAAGAGGCAAGCUUUGCAGGCCGAAGUGGAAAAGCUGGCGCAGUGCGUCACUCAGGUC